AUGACAUCUGGUACAGGUGAAUCUUGCAUAGGACUACAUUGCCAUCCUGAAAUCAUUUUAAAGCCUAGCAAUCAUUCUUACAUGAAUCAUACGCUCAGCCAGCAUAACAUUACUGAUAGUAUUGACCAUUCAAAAGUAAAUAAGAAAUGCUGUCAGAAUGGAGGAAUUUGUUUCCUGGGAUCCUUCUGUAUUUGUCCUCCACAAUUUACUGGUAUUCGGUGUGAGCUCAACAAGUAUCAAAAAAGUUGUGGCAGCAUCCCUCAUGGAGAAUGGAUAAUUCAUAAAUGCAGGUUUUGCAGAUGUGUGUAUGGUGUCCUUGGCUGUCUUAAUUCUGCAGUGGGAUGUGAUCAAGAUAGGGAAGAUAGACAAAAUUACAAUGAAGAUGGCAAAGCUGAACAUUUUCAAAGCUCCACCGGAUCAUCUUUACAACAAAAUAUUAUUGCAUUUUCCUUAACCUUUGCUACUACUUUUGCAAUAUCUAAAAUGUGUUUAAGCUUUAUGAUUAGUCUCUAUUUUUCGCAUAAACAGACCUCUUAG